GAUUUUGCUCGCAAAACAGACGGUCUGAAACGAAUCGAACGGUAGGCAAAACGCGAAGACCAUUAAACGCAAGAGAAAUCGAACGGGUGUGAGUCCAAAUCGAAAGCGAAAUCGAAAUAUAGAAGAUGAAAUUGAAGACGAAGCAGAAUCAGGAAGGAAAAGUGGUACUGUGCGCUUAAGUCUCAAAAUCCCCAAUUAUCAAAUCCUAACCAAUUCCAGGGUUUUAGCUUUUCCUGAAAUCUAUUAAUUCAUUCAUCUAUGGCGGCAAUUUCAUCCGAUCUCUACCCAUCAGAAGACGAUCUCGUCUACGAAGAAGAACUUCUCCGUAACCCAUUCAGUCUCAAACUAUGGUGGCGUUACCUUAUCGCACGUUCCGAUUCACCUUUCAAAAAGCGCUUUAUCAUCUACGAACGCGCUUUAAAAGCACUUCCUGGAAGCUAUAAGCUCUGGCACGCUUACCUUCGUGAACGACUCGAAAUCGUUCGAAGCCUCCCAAUCACACAUUCCCAAUUUGAAACGCUCAAUAACACGUUUGAACGUGCUCUUGUUACUAUGCAUAAAAUGCCUAGGGUUUGGAUUAUGUAUCUUCAAACCCUCACUCAACAGAAGCUUGUUACCAGAACGCGAAGAACUUUUGAUAGAGCUUUAUGUGCUCUUCCUGUGACACAGCAUGAUAGAAUUUGGGAGUAUUAUUUGUUUUUCGUUAGUCAAAAGGGUAUUCCCAUUGAAACCUCGCUUAGGGUUUAUCGUAGGUAUUUGCAGUAUGAUCCGAAUCAUAUUGAGGAUUUUAUUGAGUUUUUGAUUAAUUCGAGUCUUUGGCAAGAGUCUGCUGAGAGAUUGGCAUCUGUUUUGAAUGAUGAUAAAUUUUAUUCGAUUAAGGGGAAGACGAAACAUAGGCUUUGGUUGGAGUUGUGUGAUUUGCUGACUAGGCAUGCGAAUGAGGUGUCGGGGUUGAAUGUGGAUGCCAUUAUUAGGGGUGGGAUUAGGAAGUUUUCGGAUGAGGUUGGUCGGUUAUGGACUUCGCUUGCUGAGUAUUAUAUUAGGAGGGGUUUGCAUGAGAAGGCUAGAGAUGUGUUUGAGGAGGGUAUGUCGACUGUUAUUACUGUGAGGGAUUUUAGUGUUAUAUUUGAUUCGUACUUGCAAUUUGAAGAGAGUAUGCUUGCUUAUAAGAUGGAGGAUAUGGAUAUGAGUGACGAAGAAGAUGAAGAAAAUGAAGAUGGGAUGAAGGAGAAGGAAGAUGAGGAUGAGGAUGUAGAUGUUCGUUUCAAAUUCGAUGUGGAUGUUGACAAGAAGGAAUUUGUGAAGGAAUUUAAGAAGAAUGUUUUAUCUGGGUUUUGGCUGAAUGACAAGAAUGACAUUGACUUGAGAUUGGCCCGGUUUGACUACCUAAUGGAGAGGAGGCCUGAAUUGGCUAAUAGUGUGCUUUUGCGUCAAAACCCACAUAAUGUUGAACAGUGGCACCGGAGGGUGAAGCUUUUUGAGGGUAAUCCGACUAAGCAGAUUCUCACUUACACCGAGGCUGUGAGGACUGUUGAUCCCAUGAAAGCAGUGGGAAGACCUCAUACGUUAUGGGUGGCUUUUGCAAAGCUUUACGAGGAGCACAAUGAUCUUGCCAAUGCUCGUGUUAUUUUUGACAAGGCAGUGCAGGUGAACUACAAAACUGUGGACAAUCUGGCUAGUGUUUGGUGUGAGUGGGCUGAAAUAGAGUUGAAACAUGAGAAUUUCAAAGGAGCACUUGACCUAAUGAGGCGGGCUACAGCAGAGCCAUCAGUUGAGGUCAAACGAAAAGUGGCUGCUGAUGGGAAUCAACCAGUUCAGAUGAAGCUGCAUAAAUCUUUGAGAUUGUGGACCUUUUUUGUUGAUUUGGAGGAAAGUCUAGGUAGUUUGGAGUCUACUCGGGAAGUUUAUGAACGGAUUUUGGAUUUACGAAUAGCCACACCACAAAUAAUAAUCAAUUAUGCAUACUUUCUGGAGGAACACAAAUACUUCGAAGAUGCUUUUAAGGUUUAUGAAAGGGGAGUCAAGAUAUUCAAGUACCCACAUGUUAAAGAUAUUUGGGUCACAUAUCUGUCUAAAUUUGUGAAGAGAUAUGGAAGGACAAAAUUGGAGAGAGCAAGAGAGCUGUUUGAGAACGCGGUUGAAACGGCCCCAGCUGAUCAAGUGAAACCUCUCUAUCUGCAAUAUGCUAAGCUGGAAGAGGACUAUGGACUAGCAAAGCGAGCUAUGAAGGUUUACGAUCAAGCAACGAAAGCUGUUCCAAACAAUGAAAAGUUAAGCAUGUAUGAAAUAUACAUUGCUCGUGCUGCUGAGAUAUUUGGGGUACCCAAGACACGCGAGAUCUAUGAGCAGGCAAUUGAAUCUGGUCUUCCAGAUAAGGAUGUCAAAACUAUGUGUUUGAAGUAUGCUGAACUGGAAAGAAGCUUGGGAGAAAUUGAACGUGCCCGUGGAGUAUAUGUAUUUGCCUCCAAGUUUGCUGAUCCGCGGUCUGAUCCAGACUUUUGGAAUGAUUGGCAUGAAUUUGAGGUUCAACAUGGAAAUGAGGACACUUUUAGAGAAAUGCUUCGAAUUAAAAGGAGUGUCUCUGCAAGCUAUAGCCAGACACAUUUUAUACUGCCCGAGUAUCUGAUGCAGAAGGACCAAACUGUGAAUCUUGAGGAGGCCAAAGACAAGUUAAAGGAGGCUGGGAUCCCUGAGGAUGAAAUGGCUGCUUUGGAAAGGCAAUUAGCCCCAGCAGUUGACAAAGCAGUGACAAAAGAGAGAAAAGUUGGGUUUGUAAGUGCUGGAGUGGAAUCACAGUCCGAUGGAGGGAUAAAAACUAAUGCGAACCAUGAAGAAAUUGAGUUACCAGAAGAAAAUGACUCUGAUGACGAUGAUAUUGAGAUUGCACAAAAAGAUGUCCCUUCUGCUGUUUUUGGCGGUUUGGUUAGAAAAAGAGAUGAGAUUGAAAAUAAUGAAGUAGAUGAUGGUGCAAAAGAGAAGGAUAAUGAAAGUCGGCUUGGUGCCCUUGAGAGAAUUAAGAAGCUGAAACGAAAUUAAAUGUUGGGUUAGAGUAUUCCAGUUAAAAGUUUUGAUAGCAUGAAAUUGAUUUUGAUGAUUUCUGUUGUGUACUGUCAAUCUAACCAGAGUGAUUUAAUUGUAAUUUAACCUGUACAUCUUACAGUAAAUUGUAGCUCGUAAGUUGUACGCCUAUUCCUUUCUAUCAUAUUUAUAUUCAGCCUCGAGCUACAAAGCUGCUGCAAAAUGUUUGUGCUUAUUAAGUUAUAGCAAGAGUAUUCUUAUUGUUGAUGCUGUCAGCUAUCAAGCACAGAAGAUAUGUUGGAUUUGGCAGUUAUUAAAUUAAAAUUCUGCUGAAACAAGUCAAGGUACUAGAGAAUAAAACUUGUCCUCUCUGUUGUUUA